AUGACCAAUGUUGAAAAAUGGAACAAGGGCAUCAACUCGGCCUGCUCCAAUCCUUGUCUAGGAAGCUGCGCUUGUGUUGGAGUCGUUGGGGGAUCGUCAUUAGCCCUUACCAGAGCUAAGCCCGUCGGCGGUGUUGUCAUGCCCACACCUACCCAGGCCGGAAUGGUCAACGGGUGCGCCAAGUUCCACGAGGUUCGAACUACAACGAUCUGCCAGGGCAUCUCGAAUUACAAUAAGAUCACUCUUGCACAGUUUUUGAAGUGGAGUCCCGCCAGUGGGAAGGAUUGCAGCAAUCUUGAGUCUGAGACAUACUUCCGCUCUCGCACGUUCUGGGAUGUCACUGUGCAAUGCGCACCUGCAGGGGGCUGGCCGUCCAUCAACCACGGCACCUUGGCCCAUCUUCAGAUGAACGACCAGGCCGUGGCACUGUUCUGUCAACUUCCAUACCCCGACUUUGACGCGUCGCAGGUCGCCUUCACGCCACGACCGUCGGCCGGAACGGAUACUUUGUCGUUGUUGAUACUGAAGACGGCUACGUUUACUGGGGUGGGGUGA